AUGGGUCCGCGAGAGUCUCCUUUCUCCAGCUGCUUUUUGGGGAGUGUGGAUAUCAUAGUCAGAAGAAUCAUGAACUUCAGCUAUUGGUCCUUGAACAAGCUGCUGGCCUUGAAGCCAACCACAGCGGAGAAGCAGGCGUACCAGCGCCAGCGAUGCCUGCCAUAUGCCCUGUGGGUCUUAUGUAAGGGCCUCAUCUUCCUGUUGCUCCUGUUAGCCUCUUUACCUUCCACUGUGCUGUGCCUGCCGGUGUGGCUUCUCCUCCAGGUUGCCCGCCGUCCUUUUGCUUACCAGCACAUGCCCAGGCAGACUCCACCAGAAGAGUGGAUGCUUCCUGGUAAGGCCAAGCACUUCCACUUUGUCAGUUCCAACGUUUGCCUCCUGCCUGACGGCUUGGCCAAAUACAGUAACCUGGGACAGACCCAGGAGCGUUCGGAACAGAUUGCCCAAGGAUUUGUGCAGGCUGCAAGCCGCGUCGUUCCACCGUGUGAUGCAAACUCCAGAGGCAACUUCUACAAUGGCUUUGACAUCUCCAUUGGGAAGACGUACGGGGCCACCGAAUCCAGCUCCUAUAGGAUUGACGUUGAUACGGCCAUCAAGAUGCCCCUUGAUGAGGAAAAGGCCACUUCGCCAUGGGAGAUCAUUGCCUCCUUUCCCCCAAAUGUAGACUUUUUGUGCCUGCAGGAGGUUUUUGACGAGGAUGCAGCAGCCUGCCUGCGCCAAUCCCUUGGCCCCUACUAUGAGCACAUCAUCUACGAUGUGGGCUUCUAUGGUUUCAUUUGCUGCUCUGCCUUGAAAUGGCUCAGUUGCUCAAAACUCUGUGGCUACUGGAAACGGCUCAACUGCUUGAAACUGCUCAACAGCGGGCUUUUCCUGGCCAGCCGUUACCCUGUGCUGGCUGUGCAGUACCACUGUUACCCCAAUGGUAGAAACUUGGAUGCCCUUUCUGCCAAAGGAUUGCUCUGUGUUCAGGUUCAGCUGGGAGUUUCCCAAGGGCAAAGGAUUGUGGGAUACAUAUACUGCACCCACCUUGAUGCCAACACAGGUGGUGCGCAGAUCCGGUGUGACCAGCUAAAGCAAGCUCUGCAUUGGACAAAGCAGUUUCAGGAGACAAAUGCUCAGCGAGGAGACAUUGUGGCCUUUGAUGUCUUCUGUGGGGAUUUAAACUUUGACAACUGUUCUUCAGCUGAUGAGUUGGAGCAAGUUCAUGAGAUCUUUAACCUAUACACAGAUCCAUGUCGCAUUGGGCCGCAGCAGGACAAGCCCUGGGCUCUUGGCACUAUGAUGAACUCUCUAAAGAUCUAUGAUGAGGCAGUUGCAACCCCAGAGAACAUGAAGAGGACGUUGGAGGAUGAAAAGGAGAGGGGAAAGUACCUGGAAGGCCCCAUUCUGGCAGAUGGGCAGCCUGACCUUUCAGCAGUCUGGAGUGAGGGACGCCGCCUGGACUAUAUCCUUUACCAGGAGCACCAUGGCCCUGGGGAACUGAAAGUGGCUGUGGAGAAAUUCUCCUUUGUCACCAAGCUGGCCAGCUGCUCCGACCACUUGCCUGUGGGUCUGCAACUCUCUGUGGCUCCGAUGGCACAUUCCACAGUGUGA